AUGGCUCAUUUCAGGAAGAUGGAAGUCAUCAAUGUCACCGCUUUGCCCAUGGUACCAGUGGACGAGGCCCUGGCCGUCUCGCUCGCUGCGCAGAAUGCGAGGAAGAGUGCCAUGGAGAGGGGCCUGGAGGACAGUCCGCCUUCGUGCCUCAUUGGCUCCAUGCACCAGGUGAACCAAACCAUUGCUGAAAUAGAUCUGAGCCCCAACGCAUUGGUCAACAGUCUGGCAAUUGAGAGAUUUGAGUUGGAGAAGAAGGCUUUAACAGAGAAAAGUCGCGGCAGCUUGGGAGACAAAGACAAGAGUCAAAGAAAAUCACAGUACACUUGGAGAGACGUGGAAUUCAGGAAUGUCAAACCUUCUGUUACCAGAAGGAAAACACCAGAUAAAAAUCCGCAGGCAGAGCUGUACCAGCACCCACAAUUUCACAACUUUAGGCCAAAUGAGCUUCCAAACGGGGUGGACUUCUGUGACCUGGUGGGCAAUGUGGUCCGGGCUGAGAGAAAGCCCCUCAGUGGCAAGUCUUUCUCUUCAGAUAGAGAAUUAGAGAAGUUCCUCUCUUCUCCUCAUCUAAGAACCAUAUGGCUCGAUAGCUUCUGGUGGAUCUUUCAUGAAAAGUACCAGCCAAACAAGGAGGUCCAGAAGAAGCUGUUCGACCGGAUAUCCCAACAUUACGCCAAUCUCUUGUUUCAUGAGUCCAGGUCCCACUAUGAAGAGGCUCUCUUAAAAAGACUGCCGUCACUUCUGAGUAAAGCCUUGUACACCAGCUUCUGCUGCUGCUUUCCACAAUCCUGGUUCAACACACACGAAUUUAAGUCUGUCAUCUGUAACACGAUGAGCCUGUGGAUUUCAGGUAUAUAUCCUUGCCUGCAGAGCUAUAACAGUUGGGACUAUUCAGCACUGGAUCCAGAGAGAUUCCAGAGAGAAGAAUUAAUGUUUCAGGGAAGAAGACAGACAAAGGGAAGACAGUGCUCUUUCCUGACUUCUAAGAGACACUUCCUCCAGAAGUCUGCCCAGAGCAGGAAAGCCCAGUGCCCUCAGGAGCCUUUUAAUGUAAAUUCAUCCAAUGAGAGAAUCUCUUAUGGCAAGAAUUCACUGGAUAACUCACAAAAACAGAAUACCACAAAAGGACACCAUUAUCAGACUCUGGUCUUGAGGAAAGCUACACAACAGGUCAAGAGGCUAUCAGAAGCCAGAGAACAUGAUAUUAUGCUUUCUAAGCAGUCUUAUCCUGCCUGCAAAAGCCCUGAGCUGACCUCAAACCUCUUCAACAUUUAUGGGAAGAGCCCUCUGAUUGUGAACUUCCUCCACAACUACUCCAGGCUGCAGCAGCAUGGCAAAGAUGUGUUGGUAGCCAGGAGGGAAAAAACCAAGGCCAUCCCCGAGUCCAGCCUGACGUACGCUGACAUCAUCAGCCUGACCCUGAACAACAUGAAGAAGUGGAGGGACAAAUUCCACCAGAUGAACCAGCUUCGCGGGAGUGAGUGGAAUUAUUUUGAUAAUUACCUAAAGGAACUGCAAGACAACUUCCUCAGGGAGGUAAAGAGUAUAGAUCAAAGAGCAAGAGAUAAAAAAAAGGCAGACCAUGUAUUCCUCCCACCGUCACCCCUCAUUAAGGAAUCCCCUGAAGAGAAGACCCACGAAGGGAAAGAAGGAGAGGGAAAGUAAAGGGAGACAGAAGUUGAACUGCUCUCCCUUCUCACAUUCAAGCUCUGGUGAAUUAUCUUCCCUGGAACUAGGAAGUUCCUGCAGAAUCUGUGAUAUUUCUGCUACCAGGUAGGGUAGAACAACAACAGAAGAAAAAGGAAAUUGUGACUAAAGACUGAGAAAUAGAAAUAACUAUUCCCAGGAUAAGGAAAGCAACAUUCCAUUGGGGCAGCCAAUAUGGAAAGCAGUAUGGAGGUUCCUCAAAACAAUAAAAAUAGAAAUACCAUAUGACCUAGUAAUUCUACUUCUAGAAAUUUACCCAAAGAAAAUAAAAUCCCCAAUUUAAAAAGAUAUAUG